AAAUUCAACAAUUAUUUUAGCUUCGUUUUAGGUCCGGUCUGGGGACGAGUGUAUUCAGCAUGAAUUUUUUUCAGGACUUUCCUAGCAACCGUACGAACGAUAGAGUUUCAGAGAGCGGCGAUAAUGCUGCACUUCAGGAGAAUACUGAAGAAAAGACUAUCGACGAGAAUGAUUUAAAGCUAAUAGAGUUCAACUCUGCUGAUGAUGUCCGACAAGAAGUAAAGAAACGUGUCCUAGAAGAAAGUGAAGAUCUAAAAGACCACGACCAUGAAGCAGACAAGAAGUGCACGUGCCCUAAACCGACCAGCUCUAAGACUAAAAGAACUAACUUUUGGAACCUAGGUCUCUCCAUCCCAGGCUGCUCUCACGGACCUAGGCCACGCGGUAGGAGACCUAGAUGUGCAGUACAUGGCAGUGGGAAAAUUAGCAAGGCCAGUAUUGAGCGUUUUUACAUCGGCCGACUAAGCAAUAUUAUGAAAAGCAACAACCGAAGAUAAUAAGUUCUGUGAAAUUCUUAACGUGUUUUGUGUGUUUUUUUCGUAUUCUUAACGUGUUUUUUCGUAUAAUAUAAUGUAUUAAAACUUGAUUUGUCCAAA